AUGCUGCAGAAUCCCGAAUUUAUUCCCGAAUGCUGGGGAGGUGAGACGGCUCGUCGCACACAGAAAACUCCUGUAGUGAAAAGCGUCGAGAAGACAGAAGGUGAAAGUGAGAAGUCGAUUCUGAAAACAACUAGGCAGGUACUCGGUUACAUCUUCGACACAGAGGCGAGAACCUCAGAGCGUUCCGUCGAACUGGAUGCAUCGUCCGUGAAAGCGGACAAAGAGAAAAAGCCAGAGUCGGAGCAAACGGAGAAGGCCGAUUCACGGCGUAAAAAGAGUAAAACAGAGAAGAAAUAG